GUUUCUCUUCAGCACCAAUGACAUCUACCAAGGACGCACCAGAAACGCUUCAAGACCUUGAGACGCUUUUAAAAAAUGAUAACAAGGUCAAGGUUGCUGGCAUCGAUGUGGAUGGCGUACUUAGAGGAAAGUUCAUGUCGAAAGAGAAAUUCCUAAGCGCAGCUUCAUCAGACGGUUUUGGGUUUUGCAGUGUGAUUUUUGGCUGGGACAUCCAUGAUACGGUUUACUCUCGAGAGCUUCUCAUUUCCAAUAAAGCUAAUGGAUAUAGAGACAUCCUCGCGUCAAUCGAUCUGUCCACGUAUCGAAGGAUUCCAUGGGAGAACAACGUCCCAUUCUUCUUGGUUUCCUUUUUAGAUCCUGAUACUAAGGAACCCUUAGUCGUGGACCCGCGGGGAAUCUUGAAAAUAACUUCGGACAGAGCUGCAAAAUCACAUAGAAGCUGUUAUGCCGGGGUUGAAUACGAAUAUUUCAACUUCAAAGAAACACCUGUGUCCCUUGCAGAGAAGAAAUUCCAGAAUUUAACACCUCUCACCCCUGGGAUGCACGGUUAUUCACUGCUGCGUACUCAACUUAAUAACGAGUAUUUCCACUCUAUAUUCGAUGAAGCUUCCAAGUUCGGCGUCGACAUCGAAGGUCACCACACCGAGACUGGUCCUGGAGUCUUAGAAACUGCCUUGGCAUACACAAAUGCUCUUCGUAUGGCGGAUAAUGCUAUUCUAUUUAAGUUUCUCACAAAGAGCAUUGGCAUGCAACAUGGCGUUCUUCCCACUUUCAUGGCUAAACCUUGGGGGAACCUUCCUGGGUGCAGUGGACAUACUCAUGUGUCCUUACGCGACGAUUCUGGCAAAAAUAUAUUUGCCGUGUCUGAGGCAGAGCUUUUAACUGGGAGGCCCGGAGCAGCUAACGACGAUGUUAAGUUCCUGAGCGAAGAAGCUGAACACUUUCUAGCUGGAAUUUUAGAUGGUAUCGCUGAUGUUAUGCCCAUGCUUGUACCUACAAUUAACGGAUAUAAACGUCUGGUCGGCGGCGAGGCGUUUUGGGCACCUAACGCCAUCACCUACGGUUACGACUCUCGCGCGGCUUCGAUUAGGAUUAUAUCACCUCCCUCCGUCCCUUCAGCCGCUACGCGACUGGAAAUUCGCGUCCCCGGAGCCGACAUGAACCCUUAUUUCACCAUCAGUGCCAUAUUCCUGCUAGGCCUUCGUGGGAUCGAGAAGAAGCUCAAACUGUCCACACCCCCUAUGAGCAAGCUUACGGCCGAUGAUAAGAAGAAUGGGACGAUUAAGAUGUUACCCACUUCUCUGGAAGCAGCUACGGAACGCAUGAUGAGACCAGAGAGUAUUGCACGAGAGAAAAGCAUGUUUGGUGACGUUUUUGUUGAGCAUUUCGGCGGUACUAGAGAGCAUGAGGUUAAAGUCUGGAAUGAGGCAGUCACGAAUUGGGAAGUGGAGCGUUAUAUCGAAUUGGCAUGAGUUGAAAGAAUUCAAGUUAGCAUUUAUUUCUAGAAGAGAAAUGCAAUCCCGCGUAACUAGAUAGUCACUACAGAGCGUUGUCUUUGUGUGUAAUGAUUGCGAGCGAAGCGAAGCAAUACUGGCCAUAGGGUGAAAAAUUUCGUCAAUUCUAUAUUCGCAAAUCCCACGAGGUCACAGCCACCGC